AUGGCGGCUGCUCCAGCUGUGAAGCUGAGUCUGAAGAAUGGGAGACACCACUGUGAGGGGAGAGUGGAAGUGAAAUACCAAGGAAAAUGGGGCACAGUGGAUGAUUACUGGUGGAGCUUGAAGGAUGCAAAUGUGGUGUGCAGACAGCUGAAAUGUGGACAUGCUCUUGAUGCUCCCAGAGCGGCUCGUUUUGGAUCAGGGGUUGGGCCUAUUUGGUUUACAUAUAUUGUUUGUAAAGGAAACCAGACCCAGGUACUGCCCCAGUGCGACGACUCUGUGUCUGAGCCGGCGGCCUCUGCGGGCUCACGGGAGAGUGCUCCCAACUGCUCAGGUGAGGGGUCCCACUGGACCAGAAAGCCCUUCCCGUUUCCUGUUCGAUGCCCCAGUGGCCUGAUUCUCCCCUCAGAUCACAGACAGCUCCGCCUGGUGGACGGAGGCGGUCCCUGCGCUGGCAGAGUGGAGAUCCGCUACCAGGACUCCUGGGGCACCGUCUGUGAUGACAGCUGGGACCUGAACGACGCCCACGUGGUGUGCAGACAGCUGGGCUGCGGCGAGGCCCUCAAUGCCACGGUCUCCGCUCACUUCGGGGCGGGAUCAGACUCCAUCUGGCUGGACGACGUGAACUGCACAGGAAAGGAGUCUCACAUUUGGAAGUGCCCCGCCCGGGGCUGGGGGCAGCACGACUGCAGGCACAAGGAAGACGCCGGGGUCGUCUGCUCAGGUCCUCCCGCACCCCGUCUGCAGGUUGGGCGAGGAGACUUCCUGAACCUCAGGUUGGUGAGCAAGGACCAGGAGUGUGCCGGGUGGCUGGAAGUUUUCUACAACGGGACCUGGGGCAGUGUCUGCCACAGCCCUAUGACACCCAUGACCUUGUCCAUCAUCUGUAGACAGCUUGGCUGUGGAGACAAUGGGACCCUCGACUCUUCCGUAGUUCCCAGGGAGGGUUCUAGACUUCGGAGGAUGGAGAAGAGAAGAAAAUGUAGUCUCCGCCAUCACGGAGCUUACAAUCCAGCAUCGAAAACUCUUGUUCGACAGAAAUUUCAUGAAGAGCUAGAAAGUGCCAUGGAAGUGUGGAAUUGGGCUCUUCUCAGAGGCCGUAGGAUCCCAGUCUUCAUGGCUGAUCCUGUAUCCUCCGGGCCUUUCAUUGACCACCAUAGGGCGGCAUUUGGCCCGGGAAAUGGGAGCAUCUGGCUGGAUGAGGUGAAGUGCAGGGGCAGGGAGUCCUCCCUGUGGGAUUGUGCUGCCAAUCCCUGGGGACAGAGCGACUGCAAGCACGAGGAGGAUGCUGGAGUGAGGUGCUCUGGUGAAAGAAAAGCAUUGCUGUCUACUAUAGCAGGGACCAGACCAGGCCCAAAUCCUGUCCGUGGCAUCUUCUCCCUGUCUGAGAUGCUCUGCUUCAUCCUGGGGGCCCUUCUCUUCCUGGUCCUCAUGAUCCUGGUAACUCAGCUGUACAGAUGGAGAGCAGCGAUCAGAGCUCAGGGGACUGACACUCCUGCUGAGGAUUAUGAUAAUGCUGAAGAGGUACCAGUGCCUGAGGCUCUUCCUGCCUCUUGGAUGAUCGAGGGGGACAUGCCCCCCGAGGAGAAUGCGAUGAUGGCCUCUCAGACAGGCUCUUCUCUGCAGUUCUCUGAAGAGGUAGCUGGUCCUGGGAAAGAAGAUAGUCCCUGGCUGCUCCAGGGGGAAGAAGGUGACCCGGGGUAUGAUGACGUUGAACUAAAUGCCCCUUGAACAUCUACCAUGGUUUUCACCUGA